AGAUUGACUCUGACACGUGCUUGUCUAACCUGCUCUUAAAACCCUCCAGUGACAGAUUCCAUAACCUCCCUAGGCAAUUUGUUGCAGUGCUUAACCACCCUGACAGGAAGUUUUUUUUCUCUUGUGUAGCUUGUCUGUGCUGCAGUUUUAGCCAAUUACUUGUCCUGUCCUUGUACAGCCGCUGACCCAGCACCCCAGCCAGAGCACUGGAGCGGGGCCGAGCUGCUGGUGCGGCUCGCGGGCUGCAGUUUGCCCACCCCUGAAUUAGAGAAUUGGUCUGAAAUCAACAAAACAAACUUAAAUAAAGACAAGUGCAAAGUACUGCACUAGGAGGAAAAAGUCAAAUUAACAACUACAAAAUGGAGAACUAAGUAACUAGGUGGUAGUACUGUUGAAAAGGAUCUGCAAGUUAUAGUGUAUCACAAAUUGAAUGAGUCGUCAGUGCAAUGCAGUUGCCAAAAAGGCUAAUAUUGUGGAGCAUAUUAACAGGUACACUUUGUCGAUGUCAAAAGUACUUCAAGGAGAAAGCCAUACUCAGGACGUUUUGCAUAUGAAUCUUAAUAAUGACAGAUCAAGAAAAAGAAAUUGGGGUUUGUUGGUCACUGGCAUUGUCGGUGGGACAUUGGUGGUUCUGUAUGCUGUUGCCACUCCAUUCCUAACUCCAGCACUGAGAAAAAUUUGCCUUCCUUUCGUACCUGCAACUUCAGCUCAGAUUGAAAAUGUUUUGAAAAUGUUACAAUACAGAAGUGGAUCUCUGGUUGACAUAGGUAGCGGCGAUGGACGUAUUGUGAUAGCAGCUGCAAAAGAAGGAUUCAAAGCUGUUGGUUAUGAAUUAAAUCCCUGGCUAGUCUGGUACUCCAGAUAUCGUGCUUGGAGAGAAGGGAUGCAUCAUAAUGCCAAAUUUUAUAUUUCAGAUUUGUGGAAGGUUAGCUUUUCCCAGUAUACAAAUGUCGUUAUUUUUGGGGUACCUCAAAUGAUGGCACAGUUGGAGAAGAAGCUUGAAGAAGAACUUGAUCACAAUGCCAGAGUUGUUGCAUGCCGUUUUCCUUUCCCACAUUGGAUGCCAGAUCGUACUACUGGAGAAGGAAUAGACGUGGUGUGGGCCUAUGAUUCAAAAGCUUUCAAAGGAAAUGAAAAGACAUGCUCAGAAACUGUGCAAAAGAUGCAUCCUUUGUAAGAUUUCAGGUUAAAAAAUGUUGGAGUGAACUUUAAAUGGUGACUAUCUGAUUCUGUUCUUAGUAUACUUAAAGUGGUGGGAGGAUAACAAUAAGUAACACUGAAUAUUUCUCAAACCCAUUUCAUUGUCAGAAUGUCUUGUGGUGUUAAACAAAACUGCACUAUAGUCUUAUUUUAUAUUACAGCAAAGCGAAGGCCAGUAAAAUGUAGACAAAGUAUACCAUGGAAAAAUGCAAAGACGACUUGUAUGUAUUGAUUACAAGAAGAAAUGGUUAGAAUUUUUUUUAAAAAUAUCUUUUAUAUGAAAAGUGGUAGGAUGCAGAAAGGGUUCAGUAGUGUUAAGGACACAUGUAUAAACUAAAUGCUCUAGUAAUAUUAAAGUUAUUUUUAACUGUU